AUGUCGUUCUCCGGUCGCCGAGUGAGCAUCUUGCGUCCUUCUAGCGACCGCCGCUUCUCCGCUAGCAAGAGUCUCUCUGAGAACGAGCAACGCUCCGAAACUCAUCGUCAGUUCCGUACCGCCCACGAGGGUCACCGACCCCACGCUGGUCUCGAUGCUUCCCGUGCUUCUACCGGUGUUGUCUGGUGCACGGAACGUGCUACCGAGCACGGAUACGCCGAGGAUCCUCACAACUGGGCCAAUCUAGGCCAAGGUGCCCCCGAGGCCGACGAUGGGAUCGAGGGUAGUUUCCCCCGCCCGACGUCGAUCCCAAUCACCUCCGCUGCUCGGGAGUAUGGCCCGACCGCCGGUAUCAAGCCUCUGCGUGCGGCCGUUGCCCGUCUGUAUAACGAGCACUAUCGUCAAGGAAAGGAGAGUCAAUAUACCUGGGAAAAUGUCUGUAUUGUGCCCGGUGGACGUGCGGGUUUGAUUCGUAUCGCUGCUAUCCUGGGUAACUCUUACCUAUCGUUCCCUAUUCCCGAUUACUCUGCGUACUCGGAGAUGUUGUCACUGUUCAAGAACAUUGCCCCCAUUCCCAUGCCGCUGUCUCAAGAGGACCACUACCACAUUCACCCCAACAAGAUCGCCGAGGAGAUCGCUCGUGGUACUCAGGUGCUGCUCACAUCUAACCCUCGUAACCCUACGGGUCACUUCGUCUCUCACGACGAACUCGCCGAGAUUCAGGAUAUCUGCCGUGACCGUGCCACUCUAAUUCUGGACGAGUUCUACGGUGGUUACAACUAUACCACUGACUGCGACGGUUCCACCAUCAGUGGUGCUGAGCACGUCGUUGAUGUCAACAAGGAUGACGUCCUCCUAAUCGACGGUCUCACCAAGCGCUUCCGUCUACCAGGCUGGCGUAUCGCCUGGAUCGUCGGACCCAAGGAAUUCGUCGAUGCCCUCGGUUCUGCCGGCUCAUACCUAGACGGUGGUGCCAACGUUCCCUUCCAAGAAGCCGCCAUUCCCAUGCUGGAGCCAUCCCUCGUCCGCGAGGAGAUGAAGGCCCUGCAAUUCCACUUCCGUGAAAAGCGCGACUUCGUCAUGAAGCGUCUGUACGAUAUUGGAUUCCGCAUCCAAGACGUACCCCAGGCAACCUUCUAUAUCUGGCUGGACCUGACCUCUCUCGACCCACCCCUGCCCAAGGAGGCUAACAUCUCCGAUGGACUGAACUUCUUCAACGCCCUUCUGACUGAGAAGGUUAUCGUUGUCCCUGGUAUCUUCUUCGAUCUUAACCCUGCUAAGCGUCGUGAUCUGUUCGAUUCUCCUUGCCACCACUUUGUGCGUUUGAGUUACGGACCUAAGAUGGAUGUGCUGGAGAAGGGUCUGGAUGGCAUUGAGCGUGUUAUUAAGCGUGCUCGGGAGAUGGGAAAAACCCACUGGGAGGAUGAGGUUGCUGUUUCUGAUGAUUAG